ACGCUAGAAUAGUAAAUGGAGAUAGAGAUAGCGCCGACUGGUCGUUACGCGUGUCGGGAAGAUAAUAAACGCGUCACGUGAUCGCGUAAGAUCAUCAGCGAGGAUGAAAGGCUCUUCUGUCGCGAUAACCGAUAAGGAAAAGGAGAGCGACCCGCCGAACACGGCACGACGAGAACUCGAACGGCUCGAAGAUUCUCUUUUCUUUCUCUCAUCCGCGGAUCCGUCUUUUUCGCGUGUCGAUUUUUUUUUACUCGCUCGCUUAUCGCGUCGCGAGGGCAAAAAAAGAUCCCUCGCCUAAUCGCUCAAUUAUGCAAUGCGGUUAGAUAACGAACGAGCGACGCGAACACGCUCGUCGAGCGAUGAGUCGCCUAUUCAUCGUUGCAAGAAAUUCCGUGUGGAUGUUGACUCGUUGGCACGUCCGUGAACCGUCCACGAGCGAGCGAGGCGAUUGAUUGACGGUCAUAUGUAAAUCUCACCAGUCAGGAUUGCUGUUUUGUUUACAUGUUUACUGCUCUAGAAAAGCCUGCAUAUAUUUUGCACGUGUGUUUUUGCGUAUGAUAUACAAGAUAAAGAUAGCGUGUAAGCUCAUCGAAAUAUUUAUGAAACAGAUAAAAAUGUUAUCUUAUCGAAAUAUAUAUAUAUGUAUACUUCUUGAGGUCGUGGUGUUCUCCAGGUUUCUACUUACACGCAGUAUGGAUCAUGCUGACAGGAACUUUUAUCAAGAUAAGAUGUUGGUUGUGAAAGUGGAGAAGUUUUAAUUUAUGUAGCAAAAAGUGCUGCAUAUAUUGAUAUAUAAAUCAUUAAUAUCUUUCACAUCUUUCUGAUGUCUCACUGGAGAAGAUAGCACAUUCUACUUAAUCCGCUAAACCAAGCUGUUUCAGAUGCAACCUGUAGGAAGCAAAUGACAAUAUAGAAUAGAGUAUAUAUUGCACUGCAAAAAAUAAUAUACUUUGAUUGCUCUUCCAAUUCUUCAUAUCAAUCAGAUAAUCCGAGACGACAAAAAUGACGCGCGAGACCACAGAGAAUCUUCUAAAACAGGCUGCCAUCCAGAUUGGCGCUGGAGGAUCGGCAGGUUUCAUCGAGGUUUGCAUAAUGCAACCAAUGGAUCUUGUGAAAACGCGUUUUCAGCUCCAAGUGAAGACAACAACGUCAGAUCCAUUGUACUAUACAGGAAUUCGCGAUUGUAUGAUCAAAAUGUAUAAGACUGAAGGACUACCAGCAUUUUGGAAAGGAAUUUUACCUCCGAUACUUGUGGAAACUCCCAAACGUGCAGUUAAAUUUUUUACAUUCGAACAAUAUAAACAGUUUUUCUUAUUCGGCGCUAGUGCACCCACCCCGUUGACAUUCUCAUGCGCUGGUUUCUUCGCCGGUGUUACAGAGGCUAUAUUAGUUAAUCCCUUUGAAAUGGUGAAAGUAAAACUGCAAUCUGAUCGAAAGCACGUGAGGGAAAGCCCGUCGACGUUCGCGGUGACGAAAGAAAUAAUUUCCAAGCAUGGUUUUGGAUUGAACGGUCUGAACAAGGGGCUGACAGCCACUAUAAUGAGAAACGCGGUGUUCAACUCGUUUUAUUUUGGUUUUUAUCAUUCUGUCAAAGGAUAUAUACCAGCCAGAGAGGAACCUUUGUUGGACUUUUUGACUAAAGUAAUCAUUCAGUUUUUUUUGUGUGUGACAACGUCACAGGAUAGAUGUAUCAAAGUUGCACGCUGUUCUCAUCAAUUUGUACCAUGUGAUAAAAUUUUUCAGAUUGCUAUUGGAUUCGUGUCAGGUACUGUCGCUUCCUGUCUAAAUAUACCGUUCGACGUGGCCAAAAGUCGCAUUCAGGGAUCGCAGGAUAAUACGCUAUACAAAGGAACGCUGAACACCAUGCAUAUUGUUUACAAGAGAGAAGGAUUUAGAGCCUUGUACAAAGGCUUGGUGCCAAAGGUGCUGAGAUUAGGUCCAGGUGGUGCCAUUAUGCUUGUGGUGUAUGACUACAUGCAUGUGUUUCUUACAAAAAAGUUCAAAGACUAAUAUUUACACUGCAUUUUAAGGAGCUGUGAGGUAACUGUAAGCAUAAGUUCCUCUUCAAAAUGCAUUUUGAAAAAAAAAAAAAUAUAUAUAUAUAAUGUAAAAUAUAUAAAAUGGAUAUUUUUUACGUGUAAAAACAAAAUAAAAAUUCAUAUAAUUUUAUAAUCAUGAAAAUUCCUCACACCUUUCAAUUAAACAUUCUUUUUAACAAU